AUGGAAGAAACCACCACGAAUAAGCAGACAACGCCUCAGAAGGAAGAGGCUGACAUAAACCCGUUAGAUGAAACGAUCCAAGUUCGAUCCAUGUGCAUCAAUUGCGAGAAAGAGGGAAUAAAUAAGAUAGCAAAGUUGCACAUCCCGUACUUCAAAAAUGUAUUAAUACAUUCCUUUGAGUGCGGAUUCUGUAACUACAGAAAUAAUGUUAUACAAGAUUUAAACACGAUAAAGGAGAAGGGAGUAAAAAUAAUUUUUAAAAUUAGCCAACGUGAACAUAUGGAUAGACAACUGAUUAAGUCUGAGUAUGGAGUGUUGAAGAUUCCACAAAUUGACUUUGAAAUUCCAAAGGAUACGCAAAAGGGUUCCAUUAAUACUAUUGAGGGUUUUUUGCAGACUGCCCUGAGUAACCUCACUGAGUACCUCAGAAAUUUGAAGCACAUGUAUUGUGAGGCUAAUGGGCUGCCAGAAGGGGCACCCAUCGAGGGGGCGCAGUCGCAGUCAAGCCAAGGCUCCAAUGGGGAACAUGCCGCAUAUGCGCAUAACGUGGAAGGAGAAAUUACCAAUAAGCCUGGAGGUGGUCAGGACGCACGUGCAACGGACCAAACGCCUCAGGGGGAUAAAUCUGCUGAUACUAAUCUGCAGGGCCAACAAAUGACCAUAGAAAGUUACAUAAAGCUAAUCGAGUCCACAGUUCAUAAAUUGUCCACCUAUGUGGUAUCGAAGGAUCCGAUUUUCACCAUCGAAAUUGUUGACCCGUCAGGACUCAGCUCCCUGGAGCACUACGAUGAAGAUCUGCAAAAAGGCAUUGUCACGGUGGAGCAUUACAAACGAAGCAAACAGGAGUUAAACGAAAUGGGCUUUUAUGAGGAAGACUUUGACAGUAAAAAUGAGGGAGUUAGUUUGUGUCCAAAUGGGGACAAAGAAAAGGAAGACCAUGUAGUGGAAAAAGUCAAGAAGGAAAACUUUGAUUUUAUUAAGAAGUAUGUCCACAUGAAUGACGCUGCGGGUAGUAGCAGUGUGAAUGGCCACACCACCGUGCGGUACGAAAAUAUAAGCCAAGAGGAGGAGGGGAAGUUAAUAGAGUCGUUCACAUCCAAUUGCCCCUGCUGCAACUACAUGGGCUCCAACAACUUCUGCGAAAUUAAUAUACCAGGUUUUAAAAAGUGCCUAAUUAUGUCCUAUGUGUGCGCCAACUGCAACUUCAAAACGAGCGAAAUUAAGAGCAGCGGGGAGAUCAAUCCGAAGGGGAAGAAAAUUACCCUCACUGUAAGAAGUAAAAACGACUUAAAUCGAUUCGUAAUAAAGUCAGAAACGGCAUCUAUUCACAUCCCCAUUGUGGAUCUCACGUCGGAUUACGGAACUCUCGGUGGUACUCUCACCACUAUUGAAGGGUUGAUUCUGAAAAUAAUCGAAUCGCUGGAGGAUAAAUUUAAGUUCCUACUUGGGGAUUCUAGCACGAACACACACGGGCACAACCAGGGGGGCGAGCAAACAAACGAUAAUGCACUUCCGGGAAGCCAAAAAAAUAAUGACGCAUCGGUCACAAGUAAAAUAAAAACCCUAAUUGCCAACUUGUACAAGUUAUGCAAAACGGAAGAAUUGUGCCCGUUCGAUCUUGUGAUUGACGAUAUUGCAUCGAACAGCUACAUAUCAAGUGAUGACAUUACGAACGAUGAAAAUUUAAAAGAAGAAGAAUACGAAAGAACGUUUGAGCAAAAUGACCAUUUAGGCCUCACAUCAAUGAACACGGAAAAUUACUGA